CCUACCCGCGCAGGGUGUGCUAGCGCGCUCAGCCCUCUCCCGCCGGCUUAGGCUAGUUCCCGGGCCGCGCUCAGUUCCAGAACUUUCCGGAAAGUGCCGCGCUCCCUACGGGUCAAGGGUAAAAUCGCGUCAUUUCCGGGAGGGGACGAAGGGGUAGUUCUUUCACCUCGGCUGGGCGCCUAGAAAAGCCUAGAAACAGCUCCUCUUUUCUUCCGCCUCCGAGUCUUCGCGUCAGCGGCCUGCGCAGGGCCCUUGGGGCGAAUCGCGGCGCGCGUCGGGGCGACCGCCCUUUCUCGCGGGGAGGGGCGAGGGGGCUAGCGGCGGGGGUUGGGGCGAGCGCGCCUGCGCGCUGGGCGGGUUUUUCACGUGUCGCUAGGGCUGCACCGCGAGUCUCUCCUUGCGGCGCUACACUACAGCAGAGUACGAGUCUGAGGCGGAGGGAGUCAUGGCAGGACAAGCGUUUAGAAAGUUUCUUCCACUCUUUGACCGAGUAUUGGUUGAAAGGAGUGCUGCUGAAACUGUAACCAAAGGAGGCAUUAUGCUUCCAGAAAAAUCUCAAGGAAAAGUAUUGCAAGCAACAGUAGUCGCUGUUGGAUCGGGUUCUAAAGGAAAGGGUGGAGAGAUUCAACCGGUUAGCGUGAAAGUUGGAGAUAAAGUUCUUCUGCCAGAGUAUGGAGGCACCAAAGUAGUUCUAGAUGACAAGGAUUAUUUCCUAUUUAGAGAUGGUGACAUUCUUGGAAAGUACCUAGACUGAAAUAAAUCACUAUUGAAAUGGCAUCAACAUGAAGCUGCCCAUUCCACUGAAGUUCUGAAAUCUUUCAUCAUGUAAAUAAUUUCCAUAGUUCUCUUUUAUAAUAAACUAAUGACAUCCAGUGUCUCCAAAA